AUGAGCGGCGGGGCGUCGCUGGGGCUCAGGACGUCCGGGAGCUAUGGGUCCCUGCAGCAGCCCAACGGCCAGUCCCCCUCCCCGUCGCCGCCGGUGGCGGUCCGGAAGCCCGCGAAGAUGUCCCUCGGCGGCGGCGGCCCCGGCGCCGCCGGCCGCGGGGGCGAGCGCCUCCUCUUCGCCCGGAUCUGCAUGUUCGCGGGCCGUCGCCGCCGGAUGCUCCUGCUCCUCCUCGUCGCCGUCGCUCUCGUCGUCUGCUUCCUCUUCUCAUCACUUGUCAGUAAAGAUGAAGUUGCAGCACCUGGUACCGAGACCAUGCUGGGAUUAUCUGAUCAUGUCCGGAGCUUUGUAAAUCCUGUAUGGACAUCUUCUUUGAGUGGAAAUGAUUUGAAUACAACAUCACCAACAGUAAAACAGCCGGACAUCAGUCAUGAAAAGGUUCAGGGUCUUUCACGGAGUUUCCCGCCAGCUAUUCACCUGGAGCACCAUCCUUGUGAAAGUUUCUCAUUUUCUCCUCCACCUAUUGAUAGGAAACGUACUGGACCACGGCCAUGUCCUGUUUGUUAUGUGCCUGUUGACCAGGCCCUGGCAUUGAUGCCAGCUGCUCCAACAGCAUCACCUAUCCUUCAAAGUUUAAAUUAUUUGUCUGGAGACAAUUUGGUACUCAAAGAGUCCAACAGUGGUUCUUUGUUUGGUGGUUAUCCAUCUCUGGAACAACGAGAUAUGUCUUUUGACAUAAAAGACUCGAUGACAGUACAUUGUGGAUUUGUGAGAGGGAAGAUACCUGGUCUCAAUACUGGAUUCGAUGUAGAUGAAGCUGAUCUGUCUGAGAUGCGGCAGUGCCAGGGGACAGUUGUUGCUUCUGCUAUUUUCGGGAAUUAUGAUAUAAUGCAACAACCAGAAAACAUCAGUGAAUUUUCAAAAGAUACUGUUUGCUUCUUCAUGUUUCUGGAUGAAGAAACAGAAGCUGCAAUAAAGAACACCACUGCUGUUGAUAAUAUGAAAAAAAUCGGGCUGUGGCGGGUGGUUGUUGUCCAUGACCUUCCUUAUUCGGAUGCAAGGCGGAAUGGAAAGAUAACUGAUCCAUCCCAGACAAACAUGUUCUCAUUCUAUUUUGCAUUGGAUGAGUAUGUGAAAAUUUGGAUUGCACAAUCACGAGAGGAGGAUGCCAUGCUUAAUAUUCCAAAACUAUUACUUCAUCGGCUCUUUCCUAAUGCGCGGUAUUCACUCUGGAUCGAUGGGAAACUUAAACUUGUGAAGGAUCCUUAUCAGCUACUAGAGAGAUUUUUAUGGAGGAAAAAUGUGAGCUUCGCUAUUUCCAGGCAUUAUAGACGCUUUGACGUCUUUGAGGAAGCUGAGGCGAACAAGGCUGGUGGGAAGUAUGAUAAUGCUUCAAUCGAUAACCAAAUAGAGUUCUACAAGCGAGAGGGCUUAACCCAUUAUUCAUCAGCUAAGCUUCCUAUUACAAGCGAUGUCCCUGAGGGCUGUGUAAUAAUAAGAGAGCACAUACCCAUCACCAAUCUCUUCACAUGCCUUUGGUUUAAUGAAGUUGACCGCUUCACCUCAAGAGAUCAGAUAAGCUUCAGCACAGUGAGGGAUAAAAUAAGGUCAAGAGUUAAUUGGACUGCAGACAUGUUCCUGGAUUGUGAAAGGCGUGAUUUUGUUGUUCAGGCAUACCACAGAGAACUCAUGGAGCAAAGGCUGGCUGCCUUACGGAGCCAGCCUCCGCCGCCUCCACCUCCACCUCCACCGCCCCCUCCCGUGGUGCGUGUGCAGCAACCUCGAAAGAUGCUCCCAGACAGCGCACCAAAGGAACCUGGGAGAGCUUCCAAGAAGCCAGCAGGGAGGCGCUCACGGAGAUCAGGCUCGAAACGGUCCCAUCGAACGAAAGCCUCCAGCGUGAAGGAACCCAUUCGACUGUAA